CUGAAUGAUAUUUGUUUCAUUAGCGUACUAUCACUACCACUCCUGCAAAAUCAUAAUUUAUUAAUAACUUCUGGUACAAUCUACUUUCAAUGUGUAGAUAAUAUUAUUUAUAUCCCAUCAAUCUGUCUUUUUUAGAUUAUAAUAUACACCGAAUAUGGGUCCAUUUCGCUGGCCAAGUAUUGAAAAUGACAUUGCAUUGGCAAGGGAAGUGGCAGCUUCUCGACCCGAAAAGCCAAACGAUUGGGAUAAAAUUGGAACUCGUCUGAGUGAACACUUUAGUACUGAUGGAAAACCUGUCGAGUUGAAGGCAAGAGGUUGCCGUGAGAGAAUGGACAGACUUCUGUCCAAAUACAAACAAGAAGAUGCAAAAUCACUUAAAAGGUAUAAAUAGAGUUUGUGUUUAUUCAAUUAAAGUGGUUUCUGAUCGAGGGUACCUAAAUAUCGAGUUAGGAUUGGGGUCAGGCCUUGAGCCAAGGACUCGGGAUUAGGGUUUAGGCCUUGGAGUAAGGUUUGGGGAUAGGGUUAUGGGUUGGGGUCACCGAGUUAUGGGUUAGGGCCACUGGGUUAUGGGUUAGGAUUAGUUUGGGGUUUGGGGCUAUGUUUAUGGAUUAGCCUGUAUGGAAUGACACUUUUUGUGCACUGCACAUUUGACAAAAUGUGCACCAAAAUACUAGUAAAUAUAUUAGCAGGAGCAACGUUGCCGUGCGUACCACCUUCAUUCCAUACUGGUGGAUUAGGAUCUAAACAUAGUCAGACGUAUAUCGUUUUGGGUUAGGAUCCAAACAUUUAGUCAGAAUAUAAACAUAGUACAUUCUCACGACAAAGUCCAAAGUUUGUAACAAGCAUUUGAAGGCUUCAAUUAGGUCAGCCAAUUAGCUUGGAGCUAGUUAAAUAUGAUUGCCCAAUCAGAUUAGAACCGGUCAAAUAGUAUUGACAAACAUUGAAUACUUCUGUGCAAAUAGUUAAUGUUUUUUUCAAAAUACACAAUGUUUUGAGCUGCGUCAUUCAUAUUUAGUUGCAAGCAAUGGUAGUAUAUCUCUUUCUGGUUGUGCAUAAGUGUUUGUGGAGCUGUGUCAUAGUACAUAUAUGCAUACCAUUUCUCAAACCAUAAUUUUUGCUCAAUUUUCAUUAAUUUUUAUCAAGUGCUUGUAUUGUAUAUAUGCUACUUAGCAAAUAAAUUGUGGUCUGGUUCAGUGAUAAUAUUUAAUAGUUUCUCAGUGUGAUUCAUUUUAUGUAAGACUUGAAUUUCAUUAAUUUUAAAAUUAAAAGUCUAUUGCAAUUUUAAUAGAUCUGGUGCUGAGGAGGACUAUAACAAAUUAAAGCAACUACUAGAAGACAUAUCAACAUUCCGAAGGGAUAUGAUGGUGCUAAAGGAUAAAGAAAAAGAAGAGAAACGGAACCAAGCUGAGAAUGGAAAAAGAAAGGCAGAAAUGAUCAGAAGGGCUGCCAUGGAAAAGAGGAGAGAAAGUAUGUUUACCAAUAGACUGAUGUAAUUAUUUAUCCAUUCAAAAUUGGGCAUACAUGUAUUUACUGUUUACCUAAAAUUUUUAUUUGCUACAUUUCAUACUGUAGCUUUAAAUUAUCACUGUUUAAACAAUUUUAGUUGUCUGUGGCACCUAGGUUGACUGGCUAUUAUUUGAAUGACUUGAAUCUCUGUUUUGCUAAUUUUAGUUGUUCAAUUUGUCUUCCAAAAGCAAGUAACUUAAAUGUUUUCUUAAAAAUAUUCUAUAGUAUCUUCUCCUUAUAAACCCUUGUUAAAAAUUUUAAAUUUUGAUAUAAUCCUUACUGUCUUUAGCAUAUGAUGAUAACCAAGACUCGAUUCAUUCAAGUGAAGAAGAAAGUGAAGAUGAAGAAUUGAUCAAAAAGAUGGUGCGCAAAGGUACGAAAUUUCCAUCAGAAAAUAAUGUUUUACUCUAUUGUUUGAAUGAAACAUUUGUAGAACAGACAAUGAUGUCUGGACUUGAAAAGUUUGUUGCAAACGCAAAAAAAAUGUUGAUAGAACUUUAUUUAAUCUACAGAUAGCAAAAGUAACAGACCACGGCAAACAAAGUUAACUGCUAUGGAAAUGCUUGCUAAUAAAUACGAAAAAAAAGCUGAAUUGAAAGAAAAGGAGUUGGAAAUUCGAAAAAUGGAGCUAGAAGUCGAAUUAGAAGAAAGAAGAGCAAUGUUGGGCUUAGUGCUUAGCAGGAGCAACAUGCAACAUUGAAAAGUUUAUUAUCAAAACAAAUACUUUUAUAUUCUAUUACAUUGGGUUUCAUGC